AUGGCGUUACCACCACCAUUACGGGAUACAGUGACUCCCCAAGAACUCGAAAUGAUAGCUUGUCAGCAACUCGUAGAAAUCAUCCCACUCAUCACGAUGGAAAAAACUGCAUUCAUCUCGGGUGCUUAUGGUCCUCUACGUCCCCCAAAUAAAGCAAAAAUACCCCUAUGGAUGGCUGUCAACUUGAAGAUGAAGAAAAAAUGCCACAUUGUGCCUCCGAAAUGGUUGAACGUCGAAUUUCUGUCAGAACGUUUGGAGCGUGAAGUAGCACAACCCGACGCCUUCUGUGAAAUGCCUUUCCGUUUCGCGGAAGUUGCCAAAGUUCUGAUAGACCUAGCCUCUGACGAUCUAGAGAAUCCUGAUCAGAUACGUUCGCUGCUCAAAGACCUUCGCGAAGCAAGACAGGCAAAGAGUAGAGCGGGUUUAUCCCAAAUCGAUCACAGUGACCUAAGUUUGACCAACUUUUGCUCCAUGGAAAUCAACGAAAUCCGACCUGUCUUCGUGCAAUCAAUGAGCCUCCUCACCAAACUGAAGACCCCGGAGAACGCAUGA